AUGGAGCUCUUCGCCGAUGUCGUCACGAAGACCGACGAGAACUUUUGCGCCCUAUGCACCGAUGAGAAGGACUCGGCAAAUCUGGCAAGAAUGGGCCCAAAAAUUGGGAUGGCUGGUCCGGGGACAAAUGACACGCACUUUUUCAUCUGCACGACAAGGAAGAAGUGGCUUGACGACAAGCACGUGGUGUUCGGGCAGGUGGUGGAGGAGUACGACAUGUUGAAGGCGGUGGAGAAUGUCGGGUCAGGGAGCCACCGGACCUCGAGACGGGUGGUGAUCGCCGACUGCAACCAACUCCAGAUCUGA